UGUCAAACGCUAAAGAUAAAGACGCUACUUGAAAAUAUAAAAAUUCUGAUAAUCCUCGUGUGAGAAUUGAUUGAGUGAUUAUUUCUAAGAGUUUGUAAAAGCUCUAUAAAACUUUAUGAAACAUGAACGCCAAAACUCUAUUACGUUUACAAUAUUCCAUUGUACAAAACUGCUUUAAUAGGUGUUUACAUAAUAAUAUAGCUAGUGUAACAAAGAUUCACAGAGACCUAUACUCUCGAAUGUAUCCAACUAAAGUUGUACUACCUGACGGAGCAUCAAUUAAUAUCAGAUACCAUGAACCCAGGAAAAUUAUCAAGCUGCCUCUGGAUUUGUCCCAGUUAACUGAAGAGGAACGUAAAAUGAGAUUGGAAAAGAGAAAACCAAAGAAGAAGGUUAAAAUUACUGAUGAUAUACAAGAUAACUUUAAUGCUAAGAAAUAUUUGAAAUAUAUGAAGAAAAAAUAAUCAUAAAUACAGAUGUAUUAGAUAAUAUUGUUAGAACUAGUCUAAAUAUACAAAAAAAAUCUUAAA